AUGAACGACGCAGAUGUCCCUAGGCAAAUCCAGCAGAUGGUGCGGUUCAUCCGCCAGGAAGCAGAGGAAAAAGCCAACGAGAUCUCUGUCUCCGCCGAAGAGGAAUUCAACAUCGAGAAGCUGCAGUUGGUCGAAGCCGAAAAAAAGAAGAUUAGGCAAGAGUACGAACGCAAAGAGCGCCAGGUCGAAAUUCGCAAGAAGAUUGAGUACUCGAUGCAGCUGAAUGCUUCUCGAAUUAAAGUUCUUCAAGCUCAAGAUGACGUGAUAAGUUCCAUGAAAGAAGCUGCUUCCAAGGAACUUUUGAGUGUGAGUCAUCAUCAUCAUUUGACUUUGUCUCAUCAUGAUCAUGUGUACAGAAACCUUCUGAAAGAUCUCAUUAUUCAGUGUUUGCUAAGACUGAAAGAACCUUCUGUCUUACUGAGAUGUCGGAAAGAUGACCUUCACUUGGUAGAGCAUGUGCUGGAUUCUGCUGCACAGGAGUAUGCUGGUAAAGCAAAUGUUGAACCCCCAGAGAUCAUUGUUGACAACCAAGUCUAUCUUCCACCUGGACCCAGUCAUCACAAUGCUCAUGAUAUCUACUGUUCUGGUGGGGUGGUGCUGGCUUCUCUUGAUGGAAAGAUUGUGUGUGAAAAUACUCUUGAUGCACGACUUGAUGUAGUGUUCCGUAAAAAGCUCCCUGAGAUUCGAAAGCAGCUCUUUGGACAAGUUGUUGCUUGA